AGCUAAAAAAAGAAAAAGAAGACGUUUGAUAUUGCAAAGUCAUGAUCUUUCCGGUUUUAGUUUCUAUUGUUCAAACAGAAGCAAUGCCCAGACUGAGGGGGGCAGCAGUGCGUCCUCGAUGUGUGUCUAUUCUGUCGGAACCACAGCGAGGAAGAAAUGCGUCAGAGCACUUUUCGACUGUGGAAAUGGCGCUCUGCGUUGUUGGAGCCUGAAGUCAGAGGAUCCUUUCGUGCUUGUUUGUCAGUGAACAAUGCAUGACCUGACUGCACAAGUCACCAGCAGCUUGCUGCCUUUCUCAGGAGUGACUGUAGACGCUCUGGGGGAAGAUGAGAUUACGCUAGAUUCUGUUCUUCAUGGGAGGUUUACCGUUGGUCGCAGCGGGUUGGCCUGGCUGGCCUGUGGACCCCAUUUGGAGGUGGUCCAUGCAGUGACAGGAGAACGGCUGUCUGCAUACUGCUUCAGUGGCGGAGGGGAGCACCCACCCAAUGUCCUUGCCGCCAGAGACUUCAGCUGGCUGAAACGGUCUGGUUUGCUGGUUGGCUUGGAGGAAACAGAAGGCAGCGUGCUGUGUCUUUAUGACUUGGGACUGUCAAGAGUGGUGAAGGCUGUUGUCAUACCAGGCAGAAUCACAGCUAUUGAGCCAUUAGUGAAUUAUGGCGGAGCAAGCACGUCAACACAACACCUUCACCAGGGUUUGCGCUGGUUCUUUGGAAUUGCGGCCGUAGUAACGGAUCUCGGUCACGUACUCCUUGUGGACCUCUGUCUCGAUGAUCUUUCCUGCAACCAGAGUGAACUUGAUGCUUCAGACCUGCAGGUAGUGACUAAAUCUCCUGCAGAAAUCCCCAAGCUAAGAGAAGUCAGCACAAGAGAGGGCAGACAUCUUUGUCUCCAGCUGAAUGGACCCAGUGGAGUUGGAGCCACAGCUCUGCAGUACAUCUCUAGGACCAACCACCUGGCAGUAGGAUUUUCAGAUGGAUACUUACAGCUGUGGAACAUGAAGACUUUAAAGAAAGAAUACCACUCACAGUUAGAGGGUGGCAGGGUGCCUGUAUAUGCCUUCACUUUCCAGGAGCCAGAGAACGACCCCAGGAACUGCUGCUACCUCUGGGCAAUCCAGUCUUCGCAGGAUCUUGAGGGAGACGUGGUCACCCUGCGCUUGCUUCAGUUGGCCUUCAGUGAAAGAAAGUGUUUAACUUCUGGAAAGAUCCUCUAUGAGGGUCUCGAGUAUUGUGAGGAACGUUACAGUCAGGAUUUAAGUGGCACGGCUUUCCCUCUCCGGGCACAGGCCACAAACACCCGCCUCCUGAGCUGCCAGACUAUUGAGAAAUUCAGACCUCAUCCUGACAGGGACGACAGCAUGAAUGAAGUUGCAUCUCCAGACACCAGUGUGUCCAUCUUUACCUGGCAAGUCAAGGCCUACGGCCAAGGAAGUCUGUCUACCUACAUCGGGGUUUUUGACAUCAACCGCUGGUACCACGCACAAAUGCCAGACUCUUUAAGAACGGGAGAGUCUCUGCAGAUGUGUCCAUACCUUGCUGCUUGGUCUCUGGAUCCAGUGGUGCAGAUGGUAUCUCCACAUGUCUUCCUAGAUGUGGUGGUACAUGAGCGCAGCCUGAGCAGGGGCCUUCCCUUCACUUGCCCUCCACCAGAACAGUACUUUAACCCCACCACUUAUAACUUUGAUGCUACUUGUUUGCUCAACUCUGGAAUUGUGCACUUAACAUGCUCUGGGUAUCAGAAAGAGACCCUGGGUUUUUUGAAGAAAGCUGCUCCUUGUUCCAGUGACAUCAUCUCCACUAGCUACUCUCACUGCCUUAUGUCCGGCCUACUUUCAUCCCGUCUGGCUGACACCCAGCCAUCCAGCCUGUCUCAGGAAGAGCAGCUUGAUGCCAUCUUGUCUACAGCGGUGGAGACUAGUUCCUUGGGACUGAUAACUGGUUGCAUUAAGCAGUGGACUGCAGAAGAACAACCAGGCUCUGCAUUGAAUCUGCGCUACAUCCUGGAUUGGGCCUGGAACAAAGUAGUUCAGACCAAGGAGGAACUGGAUGGCAUCUGUUCACCGCUGUUUGACAGCUCAUCUAACUUCACAGACCCUCAGACCAUGCAGCUGCUGCAGCACACUCAAAGACUGCUGAGUAACCUCAGUGCCAUUUUCCACUGUCUGCUCAGUGAAACUCAGGAGCUCACACAAAAAGGUCUGGUGGGUUUAAUGAACAAGAAUAUGGUGUCCAGUCUCAUCUCCAAGUAUGCUCAGGUGGUCCUUUGGUUCUGUCGUACUGGCUUGCUCCCUGAGGGUUCAGAUGAUGAUGCUCUUCAGAUUUCCAGGCCUUUCUAUACUCACUCGGUCAUCAGCAACUAUUACACCAUACGCAGGGAGGAGCUGACCAGGCUGGCCAAGGGCAAGUGGUGCGCAGACUGCCUGAUGAUCGACGGUUUAGUUGGCCAGUGUGGCGAACGCUUGACGAACCUGUGGAAAAGGGAUGAAGGUGGAACGGGGCAAUACCCACCACCUACACUGCAUGCAUUGCUUGACAUAUAUCUGCUGGACAACAUUGAUGAGGCUGCAAAACAUGCGAUUGUGAUUUACCUCUUGUUAGAUGUCAUGUACUCCUUCCCCAAUAAGGACGGCGCAUCAGUGGAGUCUUUCCCCACAGCUUUUGCUAUCCCUAUUGGACUCAUUAAACUAGUACAAGGCCUAUGGCUCCUGGACCAUCAUGACCAUCAGAGUUCGUUUGAGCUUCUUUUGCACCCAGCCGCUUCUCAGUUUCACUUUGAGUGGCAGCAUGAGCGCAUUCUGCAAGCGCUGAUGUGCCAGGGCCAACAGUCAGUGGCUCUACGAUACUUCCAUGUCACAAAACCUGCGGUUUCCAACACUUCACAGGCCAAGCUUUGCCUGUCUGUGCUGUUGCACAACAGGUGUCUCAUAGAAGCAUGGUACCUCCUCCGGCAGCACUCUAAUCGCCUCAACAUGACUGAGCUGCUCGGUUUCCUGUAUGAAAGCUGCCAGGAGUUGGGCCUCAUCAAGGAGCUGCUCAAGCUGCCCCUGGGCCUCAAUGAACAGGAAUGUUUGGAGAAGUUUCUCCAGGGGACAGGUGGUCUCCAGAACAGAGAACUACUGAUGGUUCACUACCUUCAGCAAGCAAACUACAUCCCUGCUCUGCAGCUCAACCACACCCUGAGAAUGAACUUAGUGAACGAACGAGACCCAAAGCUUAAAGAACGAUCCAACACCAGGAACACCAUCCUGGAUCUGUAUGGCAAAGUUUUGCCGAGAGUUCAGAGGAAACUGGCAAUGGAGAGAGCUAAGCCCUACCAACAUCCCAACACCAUCCACAGAGAAGUGUCCCGGCCACAGCCACUGUCAACCAUCACCAAACACACUGCUAAAGAGAAGGUAAUGUCCAGGGCUGGUUUUAUCAACAAUGUCCUGAGCAAGAUUGAAGAAGUGUGGUUAGGCAAAGGAGCUACACCACAGUGCUCUCCUGCUAACAGCCCCAGGGCAGCUGAGGUUCCUAGCUCUAGCCCUAAGCCAUCCUCCAUUGGCCUUCCUGAACCAUUCCUUGGAACUCCAAUCACCAUGACCUCCAAACGAAAGUCAAGGCUGAUCGAUUUGGUGGUUCGUCCUUCCUGUCAAACACCUCGGCCUCUUCUCAGCCCUCCCAGACCUCCCAGUGCCUGGGUUUCACCCAAGAGUGUUAGCAAAGCACCUGAACUCUGUUUGCUGCAAACACCUCAGGUUGUCAAGCGAGCCCGGGCCUUGGCUGCUUCUGGCCCAGUCUUCUCAGCCUUCACUCCCCAGUCCAUCCUGCGCAGCAGCCUGAGGCCCACACCCGUUGCCACGCCUUCUGCUUCACCAGGUCGCUCUAUUACACCUCCUAUCCGCAGCAAAGAGAACCGUAUCACCUUUAUUGAAGAGUCAGAAUCCCCAGAAGUUGAGAAGGGCAUCCGAUGGACUAAUGGAAUGGCAGCAGACAGUGAGAUUAGUCUGCUGACCAGAAGCUCGGCACUGUCCAAGGCCACACGUAAGACCUGGUCAUUACAGCCUGCUGAAGAGGAAGAAGAUGGAGAUGAGGAAGGGGAACAACCACGUGUAAAGUUCUUGCCUCCAGAAGGUGGAAUUUCCUCUCCACAGCUGAAACGCUCCGAGAGCGAGUUAUCCUCCGCCCUUGAAGGCGCUGCAGAACAAAAACAAUCGGAUGCAACACAAACACAUCUUAGUUUUAACCUUGACACCAGCACAACAUCUGUUCGGUCAACAGACACCACUCUAGAGUAUUUUGAUGCUCCUCUUUCAAUAAACAAUGAGGAAAAGGAUGGACAUGUCAGUACAGAGAAAGAUGAUGAUGAUGUAGUGACGGUGAAUGUUAAAUUCUUGGCUGAAAAAGAACCCGCGGCAACAGCCGAGGUAAUGGCCUCACCAGCAACUGAGCAAACCCUUCCUCUGACGUCAGAGGAUUCAGAAAAGGAAGAAGAUGACGUAAGGGAAGAAAAUACACCAGAGGAUGUGAUGGAAGUUGAUCUUGACCAGGAGGCUAAAACUGAGGAAGAAAUUCAGUCUAAUAAAGAAGAUGAUCUGGACGUUGAGUCAAGCACCAAGCAAGAUGCUGCCAUUGUUGACCAAAACGAGACAUCUAUUCAUCUUCAAGAUUGUAACCAGGGAACUGACAGCGCAGACUCUAGCACUGACGCUGAAUCUCAAGAUCUCCCAGUUAGAGACGAGGGCCGGGAUGUCCAAUCAGAGAGCACAGAGUUCAGCGAGCAUGCUGAACCUCCUGGAGUAACUGAAACGACAAGUGAAGAGGCAGAUCUGGAACAAUCAACAGAUCUGACAGAGUUUGUUCAGAGGCAUCUGUUUGGUAGCGAUCUGUCUCCUCCACUCACCCGCUCAGCAAUCCACAAUACAUCACAGAACCAGCCUUCCUUCAACAGUGAGCCUUUAGGUAAAGAUGAAGAGGAGACGCAGGCCGAUGCUGAAGCUCCCCCGAUGUUUACCACCCAAAAGUCUGCUGCUUCUGUAACCUCCUCAGAGCCAACUGGCACCGAUUCCCACUCUGUUGUGAGCGUCAACGACAGUGAAGACCUUUCUAGCUCUGGGUCUGAAGACGAGGAGGAUGAAGAUGAGGAGGAAGUGUCAGACCAAGAAGAUGAGGAGGAGGAAGAGGAAGAAGAAGAUUCUGGUAGUGAGGUGGAGAUCAUUGAGGAGGUCCCGGGUACUGACAAGCUGCCAUCCCUCCAACCCAGUCCAUCCUUUGUACAGCAGAGCCACACACACUUCUUGCAAACACAAGCGGAGCAGGAGGCUGCUGUGUUGUCUCUGAUCACCCCAAAUGCAGAGAUGAAGAUGGUAGAUGAGGACAUAGAGGGUGAAGUGGUUAUGGUGAGACUUGGGGCAGAUGAUGGAAUGAUGGAUCCAGAUGAAGCGGUAGAGCAAGGAUCGCCAUACAUGGAGCUCAAACCUUCUACCACCCUUUUGGUACCCGUGGAGCUCGUGGAGGGACAGCACGGCCUGGUUGAUGGAGCUCAGAUGGAUCUUCCUGAGCUUCGUCCAACUGUUGUGGCUGAUGAAAGUCACGGCAGUUUCUCCUUGAUGUUGGAUGUGGAUGAGGAUGGAGAUAAAGGGAUAGGCAUACUACCUAUGGAGAAUAAUUUGCAAUUGUGUGACCCUUCGAUUCAGUAUCAGGUUAUGGAUGCUAAUGAAAUUCUGGCCAAACCUGAGGUUAUUCUUUUGAGCACAGAGGACCAGGAUACCACCCAGUGUGAAGAAGCCUCACAAGAAGAGAUUGAAACGGUUGAUGGGAACUAUAUAGAUGGCACAGAAAUUGUUCAACUCCAAGCUGACUUUGAAACUGAAUCUACUGAAGCAAACCAAGAGUCAGAUAAUGCUAAAAAGCAGAAGGCUGCAGAGUUGGUAAUGUUGACUGAAGACCAUGAGUCUGCUGCUGUUUCAGUCUCUGUCCCAGCUACAUUGGAAGAAUGUCUUGCAGCUGUGGAAUCUCUGGCACAGGUAGAAGCUGCUGAUGUAGCAGUGGAAGCAAAGGACAAACACCAUCCUGCUGAGGAGCGGGAAGAGCCUGAGGAGAAUGGCACUAGUGCAGAAACGGAGGAGAAUGGCACUAGUGCAGAAACGGAGGAGAAUGGCACUAGUGCAGAAACGGAGCCUAUCACGGAAGAAGAGGAGCUGCAGGACCGCAAAUCAUCAAUGGAGGCAGAUGAGGAAAAAGAUGAAGAAAUUAAAACGGAGAAGGAAACGCAGCAGAUAGGUGAGGGAAGCACGAGAACAGAUGAAAGUGUUGAAGAGAAACCUGUAAAGCAGGCUUUGAGCUUAAACCGUGAGCUGGAUGAAGAGCCUGUACAAGAGCCUACUACCUCUCAGAGGAAGAAGACUCCUUCCACUCCAACACGCAGGAUGACGAGGGGGAGGAUGGUAACUUUUAUCUCUCCUCUGUCAGAGGAAGCAAAUGAGCCAGAGGACGACAGGGAAAUGGAGGACACAAAAACAAGCACUCUGGUCCCUGCGUCACCGAGUCGUACACCUAGGAAAGGUAAACAGGCUAAAGAAACCAAAGUCCCAGCCAGCACACCUCGAAGAAGUACCCGCAAAACACAGCCAGAGCUUCCAAAAGAAGAGGAUGAAGAGGUUGAGGUCAUGGAUAACAAUACUUCAGUUGCGUCAACCUCCAAGGCAUCGUCUCCAUCCAGACGUUCGCAGAGGGUGGCUGCAACAAGGACCAGUCAAAGGACUCAAAGUGGCAGUGAGGUGUCUACAGCCACAGAUGAUGAAGUCAAACACGAGGAGGAAGUUAACGUAAUAAAACCAAGUCGACGAACAAGCUCAAAGAUUCCAACCCCAUCCAAACACGCAGCAUCUCAGGUAAAGACUCCGAGGAGGUCCAGCCGAAGGAUUACGAGUAGCACAGAAGUGGUGGCGACGCCGCUUGAGAUCGUGAAAGAAGAACACGAACAGGAUGAGGUGUUUGCCUCUCCUGUAAGACGGAGCUCCAGAAGGACAAAGACGGAAGCAUCAGAGACUUUGUCCACUGUGCUGGAGAAAGUAGAAGACAAAGAAGAGCAGCUUCCUAGCCCUGGCCGGACAACUCGACACUCAAGCCAGAUUAGCCUAACUGUAUAUCCACAGGUGAAACUGGUUCCUGUGUCGCUUUCUAAGAGUCCAGAAAAGACACAAGGAGAGACGACUGCUGAAAACGCAACAGAGACAGGAGAUUUACACGAGCCCGAACCGCCCAGAAGUGCGAGUCGAACCAACUCCCAUCGCCCCACUAGAAGCAAACUUUGGGACCACCCAGAGGAAGAUCUUCCCCUUUUGGACUCACCGUUGGAGGUGGACUCUAAGACUCCUGUUGCUGAUGCCCUUAUCAAGAGACUUAAAGAUGAGGAAGAGAAGCAGGAAGAUGAUGCCAUGGUUAAGAAGGCGCUGAGAACAAGCAAGAGGAGUAAAAAGUCAUCAGUGGAGCAGGUUCACUCCCCGGGGAAAGACUGGCUGGUCCCACAACCUGAGGAUGAUGAAUCCAUUCCAGGCGAGAAUUCAUUCAUCUAUUCCCCCUCGCGAAGACGAACAAGAGCCCGAAGAGCAGAUUCCUCUGAACAACGUGAGGCGCCCGUCACUCGCAGCAGAGUCAAAGUGCAGAAUGAAAUGUCUUCAGAAGAUAAUGUAGAAGUCGAGAGAGACGCAGGCGCUACUAAAAGCAGCAAAACAAACAAGCGUACUGCCAAAUCCAAAGCUGUCGCAACGCCGCUUCCCUUUGCAGAAGUCGUGCUGAUCUCGCCUCUGCCCAGUCCAGUCGAUUCGAUGCCACGAGCACCGAGGAGGGUUAAAGAGGGAGAGGAACCGACCACCAGCAGGAACCUUCGACGUAAACGUGUCUUGGACACAGUUUUUACAAAACCUGUCACGCGGAGGAAGAAACUGUAGGAAGGUUCACGGCGGUUUUUAACCAGUGAACCUCAGACGGCCGCAUGGACAUUUCAACCACCUCAGCUGUGAGCUGUCAAAUAAAAAUGUAUGCCCGAACUCGAGACGGUCGCAUUUCCUCAAAAGCCUCACAGCGCUGCAGAUUCAAGAUUGACUUCCCUGUUGGGAGGAAAUCAAAAAAGCAAUGCAGGCAGAAAAAUCUAUUUUUGGGACAAGGCACGCUGGUGGUUAGCAGCGUGUGAGAGACUAUAUUUUUGGAGUUUACAUGUACUUCUUUAACUUGAUUUCAUUCGCUUUUACGUCUGUGGCCAUUUUGUGCUCGAUGUUCUGCUGCAGCCCUCGGCCUGAUUCUCUCCACGCAGAAUGACUCAAGGGAAAGCAAUCAUUGUGGAUUUUUAAAGGCUCCCAUUAAUACAACCAGAGACUGAAACGAACUUGCCUCUGAUUUAAAGAGGUUUUAUUUACAUUCUUUUAAAAUUUGUUGUUGUUUUACUUUUAAAAGUUCAAGGCCUGCUGUUUUUUCUAUUUAAGAAGAAAAGCAACCAACCCAGUGGAGAUACAUUUCUACUGCUAAAUUUGUAUAUAGUCUUUUGGUUUUUUGCUAUGUUCCAAAUAAAGUUAAUAAAUAAAUAAUAAACAGUUAUGUUGAUUCUGAAUUUUCAAGUGUCUCUUGAAUGCAUUUGGUCAUCUAAUCAUACUGCCUAUGCCCUAGUCUUAAAUUAAACUUGAUUUAAGAGAUAUUCUGUGAAAGACAGCACUGUUAGCACGUUUGGACUGUAAAAUGUUAUGGGGUGUUGUAUAUUGUCUAAAACACAAAACAAACUUGCACAACAGUUUGCUUAUGUAAAACUUGAUUUGGGACAUGUUAAUAGGUUUGAUUAAAUUCAUCGUAAUCAACAUCUGACACAUAGGCUAUUUUCUCAUGAAUGUAGUAGAAUGUCUUAUUUUUGAUGACUGCUCUUUGAUAAAUAUGGCAAAGCUUGAA